AUGUCUCACCUGCAACUGAGAUCCGUCAGAUCCGCGUCUCAAUCCGUUCUUUCGGUCCGUGCAAAAGAUUAUCCGCUUGAAGGCGUGUCGAAAGUCUUUAGCGAACAGCGCGUAAAUGAGCGGAUUGAGGGCGCUGUUGCAGUAACCCAGCCAGAAGAGAAUCGAAAAGGCGAGCGGAUCGACGGCGUCCGCGCGAAAUGCGCGCACCAGGUACAUGGUGAAAAAGGGCAACCAGCAGCAGACGAAACCGCCCACUAUGAUGCCAAGCGUUUUGGCCGCUUUGGUUUCCAUCCGGAAGCGUUUUACCUAGAAUCAAAAAUCAUUUUGUAUGCCAAGACCGUGAAAUGCCUUCUUAGCGUAGGUGUUAGAUACGAGGUCCUGCUCCAUAAUAUUUUCGUCAAGGAAGACCUCGUAACUACAACAAUGUUAAGUUUGGGCCAUUUAAGACUAGUCAAGUUACGAGGUCAUGUUCCACAUUGCUCUAGAGAAGAUACGAGGUACUGCUGCCUAAAAAUGUCUAGUCGCACGAAAAAAAUUUUGGAAUUGGCCAAACUACCACAUUCUAGCGAAAAUAAUACUGAAGAAAAUGAUUAUUCUCUUCAAGAAAUCAGUGAAAUUGAACUAUCAGGAAAUAUUCUUUUAAAUAAAGCCUUAGCUCCAGAAGAUAUUUCUAAUAUCAUCAGAGAAGUCGAGAAUGUCUUUGAUAACGAUAAUGCCAGCGAUAAUCCUGAUAAUAGUAUUAAUAGUGCUGAAAAUCACAAUCACAAUGAACAAUACCAUCCCGGAAUCGGAAAUAAUGAAACCAUACACGACGUUAACGAAAUUGGAACACGACAACUAGAUGAAGCCUUAAGUUCAGAAGAUAUAAUUACUAUUAUCAAUGAAGCCGAGAUUAUCUUUGAUAUUAACGAAAAUCCAAGCGAUUGUCAUAAUAACAGUGCUGUUUUGUCAGACAUAACAAACGUGGUUAGUUGGCAAAAAGAAAAUCAAACUCACGAUAAACAAUCUCAUCUCGUAAGUAAUGAUAUCAAACAAAAGGUAAAUGAAAUUGAGACACAACAACAUGGGGAUGACAUUAAUAUUGCGAAUAUUAUCACAAAAUCUGGAGAAGAAAAUAUAGAAAAACCCGUUGUUCUAGAUUUAGCAUGCAAAGCUCAUAGACCAGAACAAACUGACGUUUAUGACAAUGAUGACUACAGCCCAGAAAGUGAAACAGACAGCGAAGAAAGUAUGGAAAUCGAUGAAGAUGAAAUACAGCUACAGGUCAAUGUUAUUGAAGAUGAAACUGAGAAUGAAAAUGGAACAGUGAAGAGAAAUGAAAAAAGAACAAAUAAGAGGUUUAUCAAUAAGCAAUUAAGAAUGGCGGGAAAGCGGUAUUUAGGGUUUAGAAAGCCACGGAAUCAAAGCAAUACGUUUCAUGAUACAACAAGAACAGAGAGAAAAUUAGGUGCCAGGUGCAGCUGUAAACAAAAAGCCAAAGAUCCGACAAGAAAAUGUUUCAAGGUGACGGAAGGAAUGCGCCAAGCUAUUUUUCAAAACUUUUGGUCUAACAUGACGUGGGAUCAACGAAAAGUGUACGUCAGUAAUACUGCUAAAGUGACUGAAAAGGCUAGACCAAAAGAAGCAGAAAGCUCUCGACGAAAUAUAACCAUCAAAUAUUUUUUGAUUUGUGGAAAUGAAGAAGUACCCGUGUGUAAAAUCAUGUACUCACACACUCUUUCUUUGGGAGAAUGGACUAUCAGAUCAUGGACAACCCAAAGCAAUAAUAGGAUGAAUAAGAGUACUCAGAUAGAAUUAAGUCAACAUAAUCCAAGAAAUUAUUUGUUUAAAGAAGAUCGAGAUUUCCUCAUAGAAUUUCUCACUAGUUUAAACAAACUUCCCUCGCAUUAUUGCAGGAAGGAUACUGAUAAGCUUUAUUUAGAACAAAAUUUUCAAUCUUUUGCUCAACUUCACAGGGUCUACGAAAUUAAGUGCCAGGAGAAUGAAAAAAAACCUUUAUCUGCUAAGACAUUAACAAAAAUGGCUGAAGAAAUGAAUUUAGCGCUAUUUCGUCCAAGGAAAGACCAAUGCGAUAUCUGUUUCAAAUACAAAAAUGGCAAUUUAUCUGAAAUGGACUACAGUGAACAUAUUAACAUGAAAAAUAGCGCCCGAAAGGAGAAAGAAGAAGAUAAAAAAAAGGCCUUAGAAGGACAGUGCAAUGUUAUUGUAAUGGAUGUUCAGUCUGUCAAGUUAGCACCACAGCUAAAAGCUAGCGCUCUUUAUUACAGAACAAAAUUGUGCUGCCAUAAUUACACAAUCUAUAACCUUAAAGAUAGACGAGCUACUUGUUACUGGUACGACGAGACUAACGCGGACGGUCAAGCAUCUACCUACGCAUCAUUUCUUGUAGACUACCUGGAAGAGAAUUUUCUGAACCCAAGUAAUCCAAUGAUUCCUAUUGUCAUUUACUCCGAUGGGUGUACUGCUCAGAAUCGCAAUUGUGUAAUAUCUAACGCUUUACUUCACGUGUCAGAAAAAUACAAAUAUUACGAAGAUAAAAUUAGAUUCAAGCUGAACUUUGAAUCUGAAUUUAAAGAUUUACCAAUCAGACCAAAGAUCAUACAGUUAGGCAACGUCAUAUUUCCCCAACUUUUCAGGCAAAGGCUACCUAUUUCAAGCAUCAAAUACUCGCACCUGCAAGCGAUUAAGCAAGUGAUACCAAAAGACUGCUGGGGGUUUUAUGACUCCCUUCCUCACAAAUAG